GGAUGGAUCACUAUUUUAACUGUAUGGAAACAAUCGCCAAAGCGAGUCAGACGUCAUCUCGGAUAAGGUUCACGUUGCAGGAUACUAUAGACCUGAGGUUGCAAAACUGGGUGCCUCGAAGAGCCGACCUGAGUCCAAAGACCAUCGAGCAGAUCCACAUGGAGCCAACGAUUGAAGAGCAGGAGGAGCAGAGAAACCUGCAGCAGCAACUGUUCUCCAAGGACACCAAGAGACAGCCAGAUCCAGAGGAGCAGGAAGAUCAGCUCACACAGGGGGAGGAGACCUGGAACACCUACGACCCUAGCAAGAUGCCAAAGUUCUGCAAGCCUCAAAUGGAAGAGAACACCUAUUUGGGCCCCCCGUCUCAAGUCACAUGGGUGAAGGGCUCUAGUGGAGGAGCCAAGGCCAUUGACUCAGAUGAAGCUCCAGAAGUGCAGCCAGUUGGUGAGAGGUCUUCCUCACCUGGGCUUAUGCAGCCUGAAGCCCCCGUGGAGAGACUGGAAGCUCAGUCCACUCCUCCCACAAGUGAACCGGAGCUUCCCCUCCCCUCCACGCUCAGCACACUUGUCAAUCUCCCACUCCGGAAGUCCAGGACUGAGAUGGAGACAGCGGCCCAUGAGCCAUCUCUCAUGCCCCCCGCUGCACUCCAGCCCCAGGCCUCUAGUCCUACUGACAGAGAAGUCUCCUCUGAAACUGUGGCUUCUGACAUGAGGCCACAGGUUCCCACUCCUCCUCAGACACCAGACUCUGACGCCAGGAAAACUCUGGAAAGUUCAGAGGAGCUGCUGGAGAGUCCAACCCCACAGCGUGUCACCCAGGACCCUGCACCUGAGCCAGAGACUAGCAGAGCUCCAGAGCCUGUGAAACCUGAGACUGUUGUCCAGAUGACAGAGAAACCUGCUCGGUCUGCUGAGAUGAUCAAAAGGAAGUCCAUCCUUGAGGAGUUCCUGCACAUGAACAAUUCAAAGUCGGACACCUGCAGCUCUGAGGCGACCGUGUCUGAAAGAAGCUGGUCUCCCGGGGUGCUGACACAUCAGAUGCAGAGACACCUGCUGGAGGACAUGGCCAGUGAAAAGAAGAUCUUCAACUGUGUGAAGGAGAAGCUGGUUAGGUCUCACAUGAGCUCGUCUCACUACCUGAGGGAGUUGAUGACGGCAGUGUGUAAGGCAGCAGUGAAAGAAAACACCAACUGUCGCGUGCACACAGCCCUGAUUCAGAAGAGAAUGCCUUUAUAUCUCAACUACCGUAGCUCACAGAGUGAGCGACAGCGGCAUGCUCUUCAGGAACUUCAGGCGCUGAUCGUCACCCUCGAUCAGCCUCCAAACCUCCUCCGGAUUUUCUUUGAAUGUCUGAAACACCAGGAUGUCAUCUCCGUGGACGCGUCCUUCAAGUGGGGGACGAGCGAAGACCCGGCCGAGCAGCUGGGUAAGGGCGUGGCUCUGAAGACCAUCACGGCCUUCUUUCACCUGGCUGCGGGAGGUGGAGUCCGAAGACAAUUGACGAGGGGAGACCCCCGGGGGACAUCGUUUUUUAAGGACUGCAAAUAUUGUAAUUCAAAAACAUUAAAGACAAUAAAAAGUAUUUAAAAA